CUGCGCGAAGACUGCAGAGAUUGAAAGCAUUCAAUCAUGUAUCAUCCUACGAGAGGCGGCGUUCGCGGUGGGCGGGAUCAGUUCAGUUGGGAUGAUGUUAAAGUCGAUAAACAUAGGGAGAACUAUCUUGGUCACAGUAUCAAGGCCCCUGUUGGCAGAUGGCAGAAAGGUAAAGAUCUGUUUUGGUAUUCAAGGGAUAAAAAGUCGAUGAAUGCGGAGAUGGAGGCUGCGAAAGAAGAAAUCAAAAGAAUUAAGGAGGAGGAGGAGCAGGCAAUGAGGGAGGCCCUUGGCUUAGCUCCUAAGCGUGCAAGCCGUCCUCAAGGCAACAAGCUUGAUAAGCAUGAGUACUCAGAACUGGUGAAGCGUGGGUCUACAGCGGAGGAUGCAGGUGGAGGCCAUGCUGAGGCAGUAAGGGUUGAUGGCCUUGGUUUUUCAAGAGCACCGCGCCCUUGGAACGAAUCUAGUUCUUCAAUGCCCACAAUCACAGACAGUCCACCUAAAGUGGAAGAAUCAUCUAUGGCAGUUCAGUCAGCGAGGAAGACUGAAGAAGAAGUAGAGGAAUCAGAAGAUGAAAAGAGCAGAAGAAAGAGAAGGAGGCGUGAGGAGAAGAAGCAGGAGAAGGAAGAGAGACGGGAAAGGCGUGAGAAGAGGCAUUCUCGUGAUUCGGAUGACAGGAAGACACAUGAGAAUGAUUCUGAUUGA